AUGAUUGAACUCGGCCUCAGUCGCAUCUCCCGUCUCCUCCAGCAGACCCCGCUGUCCUGGAAGGCUAUUCAUAUCGCUGGGACCAAUGGCAAAGGCUCUAUCAGCGCCUAUCUCUCGCAUCUGUUGACCUCUGGCGGAGUGAGAUGCGGCCGCUUUACCUCGCCGCAUCUGAUCGACCGGUGGGAUUGCAUCACUAUCGGGGAGAGAGUCGUGCAGGAAUCGCUCUUCCGUCAGAUUGAAGCCCGAAUCAAGCUUCGAGAUCAAACCCUAGGCAUCGGCGCCAGCGAAUUCGAGCUUCUUACCGCGACCGCGUUUGAGAUCUUCAACCAUGAACGGGUGGACAUCGGAGUGGUCGAGGUGGGCAUGGGCGGUCGCCUGGAUGCGACCAACAUCCUGAGUGACGUCCUGGUCUCUGUCAUCGCGAAGAUUGGGCUGGAUCAUCAGUCUCUGCUGGGCGACACCAUUGAACAGAUUACCCGCGAAAAGGCGGGGAUCCUCAAAAAGGGCGUUCCCUGCGUCAUCGAUGGGACAAACUCCUCGGCCGUGAUCACGACGAUAGAGGAACGUGUCAGACAGUUGGGCUUGGAUGCGAUCUACACCCGCCCCGAGAAUCCAGACAGUCUGUCACCAGCUUUGGGAACCCUUUUCCAUACCCUCGAUUUACAACCCCACCAGCGAGCCAAUAUGACCUGUGCGACUUCUGCGCUCAAGCUCGCAUUGCCCCAAAUCCGACCAGAUCUGGAUGUGAAUCAGUUAGUGCCACAACUCGCGCAGGUGGAAUGGCCAGGUCGCUUGCAGAAGAUCGUUUUGGAGCCCCUGACCUCUCGCAAAGAGCCGAUCUUGCUGGACGGCGCACACAACAAUCAGUCCGCGGAGGUUCUCGGGGAGUACGUGGACCGAAAAUUGCGUGCGCAGGGAGAGGGCAUCACCUGGGUCAUUGCGGCAUCUCGUGGAAAAGACAUAAAGAGCCUGUUUCAUCCGAUUAUCAAGCCAGGAGAUCGUGUGGCGACCACGGCGUUUGGCCCUGUCGAUGGAAUGCCCUGGGUCAAGGCCACCGAUCCCGAAGAAGUUGCCGCCAGCGUACGCUCUCUCUCGGACAUCGGGGAAGUCAAGUCAUGCGGGAAUGACAUCCUCGCGGCGAUCAAUUGGGCGUGCGACCAAGCCAAAGGCGGUCCGAUGGUUAUCGCGGGAAGCCUGUACCUUGUGUCCGAUGUUCUCCGUCAUCUUCGACAGGCACGAAGCUCAGUGGGCGAUGUAUAG